CUGAACAAUGUCCCCCAAACCAGUUCCUCCUCCCAGAGCCCACAAGGGGUCCUCAGAUCCAAAGCAUUAUUCACCACACCCCUCCAUCCUGUGAGGUUUCUAGACCAAGCAUACUUCUGGAAGGAUGUGAGAUUUGGAUCCAGAGACCAAGGUCAACAGCUAGGCUCUGCCAUUAGCCCUCAAGGUGGCUGGCCCCGCCCCUCAUCAGCCUCUGUGUUCGCAUCUGCUAGGGGGGAGGGCAGGUGAGGGUGAGGACCUGCAGAGACAGCCUGACUCAAAGCCAGCUCUGCAGCUGAGGGGCAUCCCCCACCCCAGUCAAAGACUCCAUCCUUCUAGGUCCUGACUCCUUGCUCACAGUUCACAUCCAAGUCUUCAGCAAAUCCAUCGGAAUCUGAGCGCUUUCUGCACCCCACCCCCAACUGUGGUUCAAGCCGCCCCUUGUCACACCUGGACUAUGCCGGGGUCUCCUUGCCGCGCUCCCUGCAGCAACAGUGUACUCUCAACAGAGCAGCUCGAGAUGAAGAUGAGACGCUACAAGCUCUUUCUCAUGUUCUGUAUGGCCGGCCUGUGCCUCAUCUCCUUCCUGCACUUCUUUAAGACCCUGUCCUAUGUCACUUUCCCCCGGGAACUGGCCUCCCUAAGCCCGAACCUCGUGUCCAGCUUCUUCUGGAACAAUGCCCCCGUCACGCCCCAGGCCAGCCCGGAGCCGGGCAGCCCUGACCUGCUGCGAACGCCGCUCUAUUCGCACUCGCCCCUGCUGCAGCCGCUGUCUCCGAGCAAGGCCACCGAGGAGCUCCACCGGGUGGACUUCGUGCUGCCCGAGGACACCACCGAGUACUUCGUGCGCACCAAGGCGGGGGGCGUCUGCUUCAAACCGGGCACCAAGAUGCUGGAGAGGCCCCUCUCGGGGCGGCCCGAGGAGAAGGCCGAGGGCGCCGAGGGCUCCCCGGCCCGCGGCCCGGCCCGGCACCUGCUGAGCACCCGCGAGCGCCCGGGGGCCCGCGGCCCGCGGCGCAAGUGGGUGGAGUGCGUGUGCCUGCCGGGCUGGCACGGGCCGAGCUGCGGCGUGCCCACCGUGGUGCAGUACUCCAACCUGCCCACCAAGGAGCGCCUGGUGCCCCGCGAGGUGCCGCGGCGCGUCAUCAACGCCAUCAACAUCAACCACGAGUUCGACCUGCUCGACGUGCGCUUCCACGAGCUGGGCGACGUGGUGGACGCCUUCGUGGUGUGCGAGUCCAACUUCACGGCCUACGGGGAGCCGCGGCCGCUCAAGUUCCGCGAGAUGCUGACCAACGGCACCUUCGAGUACAUCCGGCACAAGGUGCUCUACGUCUUCCUGGACCACUUCCCGCUGGGCGGGCGGCAGGACGGCUGGAUCGCCGACGACUACCUGCGCACCUUCCUGACCCAGGACGGCGUGUCGCGGCUGCGCAACCUGCGGCCCGACGACGUCUUCAUCAUCGACGACGCCGACGAGAUCCCGGCCCGCGACGGCGUGCUCUUCCUCAAGCUGUACGACGGCUGGACCGAGCCCUUCGCCUUCCACAUGCGCAAGUCGCUGUACGGCUUCUUCUGGAAGCAGCCGGGCACCCUGGAGGUGGUGUCGGGCUGCACGGUGGACAUGCUGCAGACGGUGUACGGGCUGGACGGCAUCCGCCUGCGCCGCCGCCAGUACUACACCAUGCCCAACUUCCGGCAGUACGAGAACCGCACGGGCCACAUCCUGGUGCAGUGGUCGCUCGGCAGCCCCCUGCACUUCGCCGGCUGGCACUGCUCCUGGUGCUUCACGCCCGAGGGCAUCUACUUCAAGCUCGUGUCCGCCCAGAACGGGGACUUCCCCCGCUGGGGCGACUACGAGGACAAGCGGGACCUCAACUACAUCCGCAGCUUGAUCCGCACCGGGGGCUGGUUCGACGGCACGCAGCAGGAGUACCCGCCGGCCGACCCCAGCGAACACAUGUACGCCCCGAAGUACCUGCUCAACAACUACGCCCAGUUCCGCUACCUGCUGGACAACCCCUACCAGGAGCCCAAGGGCACCGCGGAAGGUGGGCGGCGGAACAGGGGUCCCGAGGGAAGGCCACCCGCCAGGGGCAAAUUGGAUGUGGUUGAAGGCUAAGGCUGCAUGAUCUUAGAGGGCCGGUGGCAGGUGGGGGGAGUGGCGGCGGCCCCCCCUGAUGCUUCCCUGCCUCCCUCUGCUGUCUGGCUGGUUCUUGAGAGGACCGGGAGUGGAUGGGCGGAGGAGUCUUCCCUGCUCAGGCCCUUGGGAAUCAAGCAAGGGUCAGGCCUGUGAGCUCACAAAACAUCCUUCCUUCCUCAUCGGGAGAGGGGAGUCGGGCCCCUCCGUCCACCAGGAGUGCUGUGGCUGGGAGGUGCCAGCGGAGAGUGCAUGAUGGUUACUGGGUG